UUCUGCAGAGCUGCUGAUCACAGAGGUGAAGCUGUAGUUUGCUUAAAGGAAGUAUCUCCAGAGAAAAAGAGGGGCUCCGCUGGUUCUCAAGUGGGGAACUGAGAGCACUCCUUCGUGAGGAUUUGGGUCUGAUGCUUCUGCCAGAGGGAGCGGGGCAAUAAAUAGAUGUUGCGGCCCCAGAAGGCUUAGACGUCGGGAAAGAGCAGCCAGAGCGGCAGGGGCGGCGGCGGCUGGAGCUCAGCGAAGCUCGUGGGACCCCAUUGGGGGAAUUUGAUCCAAGGAAGCUGUGAGAUUGCCGGGGGAGGAGAAGCUCACAGAUCAUUGUGUCCACUUCCAGGGGUAGGAGGAGCCGGCGGAGCGGGCCUCUCGGCGUCCUCUGCACUGCUGCACCCUGCCCCGUCCUGCCGGGAUCAUGGUCUGCGGCAGCCCAGGAGGCAUGCUGUUGCUGCGGGCUGGGCUGCUUGCCCUGGCGGCGCUCUGCCUGCUCCGCGUGCCUGGAGCCCGGGCUGCAGCCUGUGAGCCCGUCCGCAUCCCCCUGUGCAAGUCUCUGCCAUGGAACAUGACCAAGAUGCCCAACCACCUGCACCACAGCACUCAGGCCAACGCCAUCCUGGCCAUCGAGCAGUUCGAAGGUCUGCUGGGCACCCACUGCAGCCCGGAUCUGCUCUUCUUCCUCUGUGCCAUGUACGCGCCCAUCUGCACCAUUGACUUCCAACACGAGCCUAUUAAGCCCUGCAAGUCUGUGUGCGAGCGGGCCCGGCAGGGCUGUGAGCCCAUUCUCAUCAAGUACCGCCACUCGUGGCCGGAAAGCCUGGCCUGCGAAGAGCUGCCGGUUUAUGACCGUGGCGUAUGCAUCUCUCCAGAGGCCAUUGUCACUGCCGAUGGAGCAGAUUUUCCUAUGGAUUCUAGUAAUGGAAACUGUAGAGGGGCAAGCAGUGAACGCUGCAAAUGUAAACCUAUUAGAGCUACACAGAAGACCUAUUUCCGAAACAAUUACAACUAUGUCAUUCGUGCUAAAGUUAAAGAAGUAAAGAUCAAGUGCCAUGAUGUGACUGCAGUAGUUGAGGUGAAGGAGAUUUUAAAGGCUUCCCUGGUCAACAUUCCAAAGGACACUGUUAACCUUUACACCAGCUCUGGCUGCCUGUGUCCUCCACUUAACGUCAAUGAGGAGUAUAUCAUCAUGGGCUAUGAAGAUGAGGAACGCUCCAGAUUACUGUUGGUGGAAGGUUCUAUUGCUGAGAAAUGGAAGGAUCGGCUUGGUAAAAAAGUUAAGCGCUGGGAUACGAAGCUCCGUCAUCUAGGACUGAAUAAAAGUGAUUCUAGUCAGAGUGAUUCCACCCAGAGUCAGAAAUCUGGCAGGAGCUCUAACCCUCGGCAAGCACGCAACUGAAUCCUGAAAUCCAGAAAAUCCUCCCUGGACUUCCUAUUAAGACUUGCAUUGCUGGACUAGCAAAGGAAAAUUGCACUAUUGCACGUCAUAUUCUAUUUUGUACCACACAAAUCAGGUGGUAAACUGAUAUUGCUUCUACUUUUUCUUUUGUUUUCUGCUUUUCUCCUUCUCCCCAUCCCCCCCCCCUUUGGUGGUCUGGGUGCAGAUCCUUAAAUAUAGUAUAUGUAUUCUAUUUCACUAAUCAUGGGAAAACUAUUCUUUGCUAUAAUAAUAAAUUAAACAUGUUGAUACCAGGGCCUCUUUGCUGGAGUAAAUGUGAAUUUACUGUUCUGCACUCAGAUUGUGAAUGCAGUAUUGAAUGCAAAGAGAUUUCUGGUAUACACAGAAAGCUAGAUAUGCUAUAAAGCAUACUUUGCUGAUCUAAUUACAGCUUCAUUUUUGCAUGCCUUUUGGGCAUUCUCCUCACGCUUAGAAAGUUCUAAAUGUUUAUAAAGAUAAAAUGGCAGUUUGAAAUCAAAUGCCACACAGGCAAAGCAAUCAAGCACCAGGAAGCAUUUAUAAGGAAACAACACACAAGAUGAAUUAUUUGCAAGAUUGGCAGGAAGCAAAAUAAAUAGCGUUAGAAGCUGGGGAAAGAACAUUUUGCCUAAUUGAGAAGCGCAACUGAAACCAGUAGCUGUUGGGGUUUUAACAGAAGCAUUUUUCUUUUGGCAAUACAUUUGAUUUGUUUGUGAAUAUAUUAAUCAGCAUUAGGAAAGUGAAUUAUAACUAGACAUCUGCUGUUAUCAGCAUAGCUCUGUUUACUUUGCUUCCUUUUAGAAAAACCCAUUGGUGUAAGUCUUUUUCUUCUUCUUUUGAAAUAAAUCUCACUUGCUGCAUUUGACCAGGAGAAGAAAGUAUGUGUGUAUAUGCACCAGGGUGUUAUUUUUAAAAGCUAUGAAUCUCUAUAAAAUGCUGUAGUUGCAGGAGGGCAAAAUGUGCAGGGUUGUGGGAUGUGUGUGUGUAUAUGUGUGUGUGUGUGUGUGUGUGUGUGUGUGUGUGUGUGUGUGUGUACACCCACACCCAAGCUGAACUGAAUCACAGGCCUAUGAACUGGCCUGCACUUUGUCAUUUGGAUUUGUGCUGUUUAAUGUGCAGUAAAAUAUGCCUAAUAAAAGGAAUUAUGGUUGUCAGGA